CUCUUCUUUGCUUUUGAGGGGUUUGGGUUUGUCUAUCUCUUUCAAAGGGAAAUGGUGGGUGCUUAUCUCCAUGCAACCAAAUCAUAAGCCACUCAUGAUAUAAUCAUCAACUCCCCCUUUGCAGAUUCCAAACUUCUCUCUCUCAAAGCUCAAAAAAAAAAAAAAAAAAAAGCAACCAACUUUUUGGCUUACGAUGAUGAGAACUAGUAGUAGUAGCCCUUCGCCACACUUCCCCGACCUCUCCCUCCAGAUCAGCCUGCCCUCCACCGCCGCCGUUUACCACAGCGAGAGCAGCAGGAGCACUACCGGCUCCACCACCACGGAUUCCGGCAGCAGCGAUUUCAGCCACGACAACAAAAACACGGCCACCAACGCCGGGUUCCUCAGCUUGGGAACAUUCGACGGUCAGAACCGGGCGGUGGCGGCGGAUCAUUAUUAUCAUAACCAAAGCCAUCAAACGUUAAUGGGUCGUCCCACUUCCUACCACCACCAUCAUCAUCAUCAUCAGCCGCAAAUCUACGGCAGGGAUUUCAAGAGGAGCGGCGGAGGUGGAGGUGGCGGAGGGAGGAGGAGCGUUAGAGCGCCGAGGAUGAGGUGGACCACCACCCUCCACGCUCACUUCGUUCAUGCCGUCCAGCUCCUCGGCGGCCAUGAAAGGGCGACGCCAAAGUCGGUGCUGGAGCUGAUGAACGUGAAGGAUCUAACCCUAGCUCACGUCAAGAGCCACUUACAGAUGUACAGAACGGUGAAGAGCACUGACAAAGGAUUACCAACAGGAGGGGAGAUGGCAGGAAAGGACGAUCUCAACCAAAUUCCUGACCAUAGAAUCAGUCAUUUUAGUGAUCAUGAUGAUAAUAACAAUAAUGGCGAAGAAGAAGAUAUGAUUGUGGAAGUGGAAGCAGCAGCUGCAGCUGCAGGAAGAGGAAGCAGAAAAUUAUUAUCCGCAGCAGCAGCAGAGAAUGAAACCGACUCUUCUCCUCCUUAUUCUCUCAUCAUCAAUAACCCAACACCCCAAAAGGCCAAACAUAGGCUAUAAUAGAUCAAACCCUGAUCACCAUCACCAGGUCUCAUUGACUCGUUCUCAAUUUAACCCGUGUGACCUAAUGAUGAUUAAGGAAAAGGUAGAAAGGCAACAAGAGGUGAGAUCAGUGAAUUUAGAUAUCACACUUGGAAGGCCAAGCUGGCAAAUGGAUGCAGCCGUCUAUUCAGCUGAAUCUUCAAGCCAUAAUGAGUUGACCCUUCUCAAGUGUUGAUCAAAUCAAAGGAGAGGAGGAGAAAGAAGAACACGAAAGAAGACAAGUUAAUCACAAUUAAGCACUAACAAGAAGAAGAAAAAUUAGAAUCACCAGUCAUAAUCCAUCUUCAUCAAUCUCUCCCUCACUUGUUGUAUUUGUGAACUUUCAUGCAUUGACCAAAAUAUAUCUAAUCCAAAAGUUUCUCUUGUCCUUCAUAUCAAAGUCAAUUGAUUUCGUCUCGAGUUAGUUGUGUGC